AUGUCUGCCUCACCUAGUUCUACUACCUUCCAAUCCCGUGGCUUCCAGGUGCCAUCUAGCUCUACACCUGUGCAACCAUCACCUACUGAUCUGCCCAUCAAUACUGAUGAAGUGGAUGAUAAUCAACUUGUUGGAGAUGCCAAUAAUGGCAGUGAUAGUGAAGAUCCUACUCCUGGUGAUGCAUCCACCAUCAAAAGUAUCGAGGCAGCAAUCACAAAAUAUGCAGCUCUCUAUGCUAUUUUGUAUUCUCCCUUUUUGACAAAGGGUUCCCUUAUGGCGGAACUAGACAGUGAUUUCCAUUCAUGGGCACCAGCAACAGUGUUUUUGUCUGUUGGAAAUUUCAAUCAAUUCUGUGUUCACAAAGUCUUUGAAAUGAAAUAUCCUAUAUUAACUAAGGAGCUCAGUGACCAAUCUGGGGCUAUGCCUUGUGUACCAGUGCUAAAGUCAGGCCAUGGCCCAACUCCAGAACAACUUCAGGAAUAUCUAGGAGUAAACCCUGAUUCUGCCAACCCAAUCGACCACUUGCCCUUGUUCUUAUUCCCAGACAAUGACCAAUCCCAUUGUCAGCAUGUGUUUUGCUCACAAAUUGUUGCAGCUUGCUACAACAAGGCAAUAAUUGUCCUUGUGUUUGGUCCUUCUGCACUCAUUGUCCCUGUUUCUUCCAUCCCCCUUCCAGGAUCUCCUGAGCUAGAGGAUUGGGAGCCUGCCAAAGGAUGUGCAUCACAAAAGGCACUAGGCAUCACAUAUGAGGUAACUGAAAUCAUGCCUGGUACUUUGGCUAUUGUUUCAAUGCUGGUCUAUUUCAUUUUAUCUGGGGACACUGAGAUGGCCUCUGGCUCUGGCAAGCCCAGUGCCACUAACUAUGUCAAUAUCCUUCUUAACCUAUAUGGUUUUAGCUUUACAGUGCUUCAAUGA